GGUCGACUUUACGAGGUGCCGAGUGGGAAAUUUGCGAGGCUGUGAUUACCCCGUUGCGAGCUUGCCCAUCCAAGAAGGAGGUGCAGUCUCGAACAGAUUUGGUCGGUGGUUAAUGACGUUCAGAAGAGUAGAUGGGUGUCCGACCAGUGUCAAUGUUAGUGGCGUCGCGGUUCCAAUAGGUGGAAGAUACAACGCGGUUGUCUGGGGCAUCAGUCAAGAGCGCCAUGCACAGCCCUCACUAAACUCCCACAAGCCCCAUGCUGAUUUGUCGCCUGGUCUUCAUUCAGUAACGGAAUCGUUUAGUAAGAGAGUUUGAAGGCAAUGGGAAGCAUGAAAACAUCCAGACCUCCAAACACUGGACACUUCCG